UUUUGUUAAUUGGUGAAUAUUUUAUAUAUACAACAAGGGUUUAAGCCCCAAAACCCUACCGCUUUCUUCUUCACAAUUUUUCAUCAACAAUGGCGUCUAUGGGUGGAAAACGCUUUUCUUUAACCGGAUCAAGAAGCCGUAGCAGCAAAAAUGACGGCGUAUUAGCUAGGAUUUCUCAGUCAUCCAUUGUUAUAAAGGGAAAGGAAGCAGCUUGUGGUGCGACUUAUAUGGGGAAAAAACUUGCGAAGAGUACUGGGAAAGCUGCCUGGCUUGUUGCUACAACGUUUUUGGUUCUGGGUUUGCCGUUAAUUAUUGUUAUGGAUCGUGAACAGCAGCUGAAUGAUCUUGAUCUUCAACAAGCUAGUCUUCUUGGUGGUGCUUCCCCUGUUACAACCCAGAAUUGAUUUUGAUGAUGGGUUUGAGAAAUUUGUAGAAUGGGUUGGUUGGUUGGUUUUGUUAGAUGUUUGGAGGAGCUGUAGUUUAUUAGUGGGAAAAAAAGAAGAUCUUGAUCUUCAAUAGAAUUGAUUUUUAGUUAUGUUUUGUGGGUUUUUCUUUGUUUUAUCUAGUGUUUUGAUGAUGAAUUCGCGAUUAGAUUUCGAAAUUUGCAGUUUAAUUAUUAGUGGAAAAAGAAAGACCUUGAUCUUCAA